AUGGAGCUCUCAAAUUAUGCCAGCCAACUGCUGCUCCAGCUCAACCAGCAACGCUCCAAGGGCUUCUUAUGUGAUGUCGUCAUUAUGGUGGACAACACGCUCUUUCGAGCUCAUAAAUGCGUCCUUGCUGCUACUAGUAGCUACUUUAAGUCCCUCGUCUUGCAUGACAACCUUAUUCACCUCGAUGCUGAGUUAGUGGACCCAGAUGUGUUCCAGAAGGUUUUAGACUUUGUUUACACUGGCAAGUUAACUGAAGAAUGUCAGGAAGAAACUGAGCCUGUCCGGAAUCUGAAUGCAUACCUAACUGUAGCUAACUACCUCCAGCUUCAUGACCUUGCCAGCCUGUGUUCCAGCAAACUAGAGUCCAGAAAGGGCACACACAAUGGGCAUUCUUCACCUGCCUUAAAUCGCUUGAUCAAGAGGGAAGCUGAAGAUGCUUCAUCUGACAUUGAAGCUUAUGCAAACAUGGUUCCUCCCAAGAAGAGACUCAACGGUGAGAACAAACGCAGCUUUAAUAAGCUAGGCUUCGGUGUCGAUUUGACCAGGAAAAGCUCUUCACGCUAUUCGUUGAUUAACGCCAUCAACAGUCGGCAGGAGUACACAUUGUCCACCAUUUCCAAGGCAACUGCUAAGAGUUUCCACUCAGAAGUGAAUGGGAAGAGCUGCCCGGACAAAACCAAAGGCCUGGAUGGCUUUAAUGGAACACAGGACUGGAAGACGCCUCCAAAGGAAAGAUCAAGGAGAAAGGCCAACGUAAAUGGUUAUUUCCCUGUGAUCAAGGGAGGAAGCCAUAUAAACCUUAACCAUAAAGAUGAGCAAGCUGAAGAAAAUGAAGAGCAGCCAGAAAUUGAUGUCUCCAAUGACGCAAGCCCUAACUUUGUCUACCGGCAGGAGUACCUCAACCCAUCUCAGGAGGACAACCAGUAUGUCUGCAUCCCAUGCGGAAAGGGCUUCCCGUCUUCGGAAAGUCUCAACCUGCACGUCGAAACUCAUCUGGACGCAGACAUGGAUCCCAGCAAGGAUGAAGAGGAUGAAGAUCUUGCCACAACCAAGUCGCAAGAAGCCCUCGACAUCAGCGACAAAAGCCCCCCUCUGAAGCGCUACAAAGAGCUGGUAGCCCUGCGGCCAUUUCCCUGCAACAUCUGCGGCAAAGUUUUCACUCAGCGUGGUACCAUGACUCGUCACAUGAGGAGUCAUCUUGGCCUAAAGCCGUUCGCCUGUGAUGAGUGCGGCAUGCGCUUUACACGGCAGUACCGCCUCACAGAGCACAUGCGUGUCCACUCCGGAGAAAAACCCUACGAGUGUCAGGUCUGCGGGGGCAAGUUUACACAACAAAGAAACCUCAUUAGCCACAUGAGGAUGCAUACCUCACCUACCUAGUCAAGAUGUAUAGGAUAGAAAUAAAU